GGACGCAUGACGAUGUAAAUAGCGUGAGCAUUUCUUGCUAACGCGUAUUCCUUGCUCCGUCCAAUGAGAGUUAAAAAAACGUUAAAAAAAGAAUCAGCUGUCAAACUUCGUGGAGCUCCGAUUGAUUCGGGUGAAUUUAUUGUUACGUCUAAUAUUAUGAAAUAAAGUAUGUAAUAUAAUUUAAAAGGCGCUUACUAUCGCUUGCUAUUAAACUGAAGUUGACAUGGAUCAGGUUAACACGGAAGAGUUGAUCUCGAAAUUAAUUUCCGGCACGUAUGAAGAAUUCUGUAAAAAUAUUGUUGUGUUUCUAGAGAUUUAUGAUAAAAAGACGAAUUUUGAAGAGUUGGAUAGUACCUGUUUACGAGAGAAACUAUGGAAGAGAUUAUUUUAUUAUCUAACAGAUUACGUUCAUGUAGACCAGCAUCAUCAUUGUUUAGCUGCUUUGAGGAUACUUAGUACAAAAUGUAUGAUAGAAUCUCUAUGCAUUUACAUCUCUGUUUUAUAUUAAAUGAUAUACAUAUAUAUAAAUACAUGAAUGCUUUUGAUUGCAGUUACGAUAGAAUCACUGAAGUUGCUGUGUAACUUAUUAUUUAAUAGUGUAAAAGUGCAACAGUCGCAAGUAUUAAUCUCUUCUUUACCUUAUCUCAUCGAUCGAAUUAAAAAUUAUACGACACACGAUCCCUAUGAUGUCAAAUUAUUUGACAUGAGAAUAUUGUUUUUACUCACUGCACUAAAUACAUCUACAAGAGACAUAAUCAAAACUGAUUUAUAUGGUGAUGUAUAUCUUAUUAAAAUAAUAGAGGAAUUUGCAGCUAAAAAUCAAAAUAGCGAGGUAACUGUAAAUAAGACAGAAGAGAUAACAAUAGUCUGUGAAGUUUUAAAAGUUCUAUUUAAUUUAUAUAUACAUUCCGAUGAUAUCGCAGUUGAGGAUCAAGAAAAAUAUAAGAAUUUGGUGUUAAUUUUGUAUAAGUUGUUAACUCUUAAAUAUUCAGUGCAACAAAAUGACCUUGAAAGCCAUAUCGUCAAUUUGUUGACUGUGAUACCAUUUAGCUGUUAUACAUCAAUUAUACAAGCUGUUAAUAGCAAAGAUUGCAAAGAUGUAUACCAAAACAUGAAUAUGAGCGCUAUAUGCGUUUUACUUAGAUUUUUAGAUAAAAGAUUAGAAUGUAAAACACAUUUACUAGAAAAUUUCUCUCCAAUAAUUACUGCAUUGGUUAGACUCGUCAAAUCAGAGAGGCUUGUUCGCAAAUACGUAAGACUGCAGAUUUUACCUCCAUUAAAGGAUGUGAUGAAUCGCCCUGAAGAAGGGACGACAUUAAGGGCUAAGUUAUGCAAGUUACUAACAUCACCUAUCACAGAAUUACGUGAUCUAGUUGCAGAACUUUUAUUUGUUCUUUGUAAAGAAAAUGUUAGCCGUAUGGUGAAAUAUACAGGAUAUGGAAAUGCGGCUGGAAUGUUUGCCAAUAAAGGAUUAUUAGGGCGUAGCCAAGCGGAAACGGCUUAUUCUUCUGAAUCGGAAGAUAGCGAAACGGAAGAAUAUCAAAAAUAUAAAGAACGAAUAAACCCAGUAACUGGAUGUUUCGAGCAUUCCAAACCAAAUCCGCUUGAAGGCAUGACAGAGGAACAAAAGGAAUACGAAGCUUUAAAAUUAGUAAAUCUGGUUGAUAAAUUAACAAAGGAAGGAGUCGUGCGUCCUUGCCGCAUUGGCGAUGAUGGGAAACCAGAACCGAUAGAACACGUUCUUGAGUUGCAGAACGAAUUACCAAAACAACAGUAUGGCAGAAAGGACUCAGACUCCGAAUAAAUGUUAUAUAUCUCCAAAAUAGAGGACAAUCUGUAUAUGUAUAGGUGUAUCUGUCCGAAUAAAGAUAUUCAAGUCGAAAAUUUGUUGUGUUCUGUCGUUAGGCCCGCACUAAAUUAGUCGCUUCUAUUAGAUAAAUAUCAGUAACACAAUUGCUUACGUAAAAUAUAUGAUUAUGAAUAUGCGAAUAUCGUAUAAAAAAACGUCGUUUUCUCAUACAUGAAAUUGCGUCCGAGGUGAUUACAGUGAAUAAAAAGAAUUUGAUAUUUAGUUGAUUACUUUAUUGAAAAAGAGAACAAAGAACAACAUUACAAAUUAAACAAUUGGCAGGAAAUAAAAAAUAUAUAACAGUUUCCAAAAUCACAUGAAAUAUUUAAACAUUACAAUUUUGGUAAAAUGUGUUAUGUGCUUUGUGAGCAUCACAAUAUAUUAUUAUUGCAUUGCAGCCUAUGCGCAGACAAGAAUGUAUACUUCUACACGUUUCAAAUAACUGCAUAGUGAUAUCAUUUGAGAAUAUCUUAGUAUAGGACAGUACAUAUGAAUUGACAGGUAAUGGCAAAUUGAGUUGAUAUGAUGAAGCAAUGUACGAUCAACAAAGAACAUUUAUUUUCUUUUUUAAGGCUAAAUUUGUCCAUCCUAUAAUAAAAU